CGGCUUUUCCGAGAACUGGGAUAAACAGCUGUUGCUGACAAGGUAGUGAGCAGUUGGGACUUUAAAUCGUCGGAAGCUAGAAAGUCAACUCGGCAGCAUGCGUGAGAUAGUGCAUUUCCAGAUUGGGCAAUGUGGUAACCAGGUGGGGAGCAAGUUCUGGGAAGUAAUUACUGAAGAACAUGGAAUCAACUCCAAGGGGAAUUACACUGGAGACUCAGACCUCCAACUUGAGAGAGUCAACGUAUACUUCAACGAAGCACAUGGUAACAAAUAUGUGCCUAGGGCAAUACUGGUUGACUUGGAGCCUGGAACAAUGGACAGUGUCCGAGGUAGCCACAUUGGACAGCUCUUCAGACCAGAUAACUUCAUCUACGGAAAUUCAGGUGCUGGAAACAACUGGGCCAAAGGUCAUUACACAGAAGGUGCCGAGCUGGUGGAAAACGUGCUGGACGUCAUGAGGCAUGAGUGCGAGAGUUGCGACUGCCUCCAAGGCUUCCAGCUGAUACACUCGCUGGGAGGAGGCACAGGCUCGGGCAUGGGCACUCUUAUUAUGAGCAAAAUCCGAGAGGAAUACCCCGAUAGAAUCAUGAACAGCUUCAGCGUGAUGCCUUCGCCAAAGGUCUCCAACACUGUGGUUGAACCGUACAAUGCCACCUUGUCCAUCCACCAGCUGAUAGAGAACACGGAUGCGACCUUCUGCAUCGACAACGAGGCCUUGUACGACAUUUGUUUUCGGACCUUGAAGAUGGCCACACCAACCUACAGUGACUUGAACCAUCUGGUCUCCAUGACAAUGAGCGGUGUCACCACCUCGCUGCGUUUCCCUGGUCAACUCAACGCAGACCUGAGGAAGCUGGCGGUCAAUAUGAUUCCAUUUCCGCGCCUACAUUUCUUCAUGCCUGGAUUUGCUCCGCUGACAUCCCGUGGGAACCAGCAGUAUUGCUCACUGACCGUGCCAGAGCUCACUCAGCAGAUGUUCGAUGCGAGGAACAUGAUGGCAGCCUGUGACCCACGCCACGGAAAAUACAUGACCGUGGCAGGGAUCUUCCGAGGCAGGAUGUCCACCAAGGAGGUGGAUGAUCAGAUGUUAGCUGUCCAAACCAAGAACAGCAAUCAUUUUGUGGAGUGGAUCCCCAAUAACGUCAAAGUGGCUGUGUGUGACAUCCCACCACGUGGACUCAAAAUGUCUUCCACCUUCAUAGGGAACAACACUGCAAUCCAGGAGCUCUUCAGGCGCAUCACUGAGCAGUUCUCAGCCAUGUUCAGAAGGAAGGCUUUCCUCCACUGGUACAUGGGAGAAGGGAUGGAUGAGAUAGAGUUCACAGAAGCCGAAUGCAACACCAACGAUUUGGUGUCUGAGUACCAACAGUACCAAGAUGCUACAAUUGAGGGUGAAGAUGAAGAGGAUGAAGUGGAAGCUGACUCCACGAAAAUAUAAGUAAUAAGGACAACCAUGCUCCUCACCGUUCAAUGAAUGGCAGCAAAAGUAAUAAACCGAACAUCCAAAGUAACAAUGAUCUUAUUCUAAUUGGACAAACUAGAAAAGAACUUCACUGGCCUGGAAGCUGAUUGAAAUCACAAAGUGACUUACACCUUCACAGAGAUUCAUGAUAAUACAUUUUACCCUUCCAUCAUUAGGAACUAAGUUUGAAGCAUUGCUUGGAAAUAUUGGGUGUUUGCAUACUGAACACAAACAUAGGUGGCUGCCAUAAAUCAGUAAGGGGAAAAAAUGUUAUAGGUAAGCUUCCACUCUGGGGUUGUUCUUGGAAUAUUUUAAAUAAUCUAGAUGGUCAAGGAUAGUGGAAUUGCGGGGUGUGAUAAAUGGUAAUAUUGCAAAAUAUUUUUUAAAUGCUAUGAUAUACAUUCACAAUAGGAACAGAUGACUCCAGCAAUAUGAAGUAGAUAUAUGAGAAUGGUUGUGCAAAAUAUGUGUUAGAAAGAGAAAAAUUUCCAAACUGAACCAAAAUAGAUUAAGCAAACUGUAAAGCCAAAUUUGCUCCAUUCAUUAUCCAAUGCUUUUUAAAAAGGAAAUCAAAAGUUUCAAUUGGCAAAUGUUAAAGCUUAUCUGGAACAAUUUGAUCACACUCUAAAUGUUGCACAAUCUGGGUCUCACACACCACCUAUCACACUUCUCUGUGACGCAAAACCAACUUAAAAUAGAAAAGAAAAAUGAAAAUGAAAUAACUGCAGAUGCUGGAAAUCUGAAAUUAAAAAAAACAAAAAUGAUGCAAACACCCUGCAGGUCAGGUGUCAUCUGUGGAACAAGAAACAGUUAACGUCCAGGUCCUUAAGAGAACCUCAAACAGUCUUAGACCUGAAACAUUAACCAUUUCUCUCUCCACAGAUGCUGCCUGACUUGCUGAGUGUUGCCAGCAUUUCCUGUUUUUAUUUCCAGACCUCUGCCUAGAGUCUGAAGUUUACUCAUCUACCACCUGAACUAGUGACUUGGAUAGGCCUAGAGCAGCAACAUGCCCCAUGCUCAAGAGUAGGUUGAGAGGUAACCAGACAAAAAUGUGCCAUAUUAUAUGUGACACUGAUUAUUUUGUAAAACCAUUUUAUUGCAUCUGACAAAACAUUCAUUGGAAGGUUACUGAGAAUAGCAGCAAAGGGACUAAAAUUUGCCUGUUUUUUUAAUUGCCUUGCUUGCGAUAUUUAAUACAACCAGGCUACUGUAUUUAGAAGUAGUCACAGUAAUAAUGCAAAUAGUAUGGAUGGUGCCACGAGUGGGACAGUUGCUGGUGUGAGUCGUGCCAAGAUUGACAAUAGCAGUGCAGAUUGUUGGGAGUGGUAUUCUUUGUCAAAUGAAAGUUAACUAGAACACCUGCACUCAGUCCGCAAGGGUGAUCCUGAGCCUUCGGUCUCCCUCUUACCUGUCUCCACACUGCUCUAACAACAUCCAACUAGCUUGACAAAGACAGCAACUAUUCUUCCAUCCCGGCAAAAUACAGCCCUCAGGACUAACAAUUUAACUUCACAGUUUUUUUUCUUUCAUUUUCAAUUUGUAUCUAUUUUUAUCUGGUUACCAUCAGUUUUUAAAAUAAUUAUUACCUUGACAACUUUGUUCUGCAUUCCAACACGGAUAUUCCCUUUGUUCUCUCCACAACUUGAAGCACGCUUGCUUUCUCACUUUUACAGUCCGGACAAAGGAUCCUCGAUCUGAAAGGCUGACUUUAUUUCUCUCCCUGGGGAUGCUAGCCAGCCUGAUGAGUGUUUGCAGUAUUUUGUUUAGGAUUUCCAGCAGUUUUUUUUUGCUCCAAUUAUUUAAAACUUGCUCUGUUUGCUUGGAUGCCUUAAUGUAUGCAUAUUAAACAUGAAAAAUAGUUGCACAAAGCCAACUUAUAAACAACUGCAAUGAGGCAGUGUCACUUUCUUAAUGACUUAUCGUAUUCUAGCAAAACAAAAAAAUUCUUGUUUUGAGUUCCUUGUAUUAUAGGAUCUCCUACUGAUUUCAUCUAAGACCGAGACGGCAGGUAUCUGGGUACAUCACCAUCUCAGCAUGGGCACACAUUGCAAUCCUCCAUUGUCAUUAAACAUCUUGGAACUCCCUAUAUAACACCUUCACUUAGUCUGUAUUGAUUCAAGAAAUGCCACAAAGGCUUCCUGGGCAAUCAGUCCCUGCCUUGUCAGCGACAUCCACAUUCAAAGACUGGCUGCCAUGGAUAUUUUUCAAUUCCAUUAUAUCAAAAAGCAAACUAAUAAUCCCCAUAAGAUGUAAAAACAUUUUGCCUUCUUAAAAUGAAACAUGCAGGACACCCAGAUUCAGACAUUAUGGGGCUACAUAGACUUCAUAAAUCCGGGAUAUCUCCAGACUAAGUGUGUAAUCACUCCCAAACAGUUCUUGUGCUCUCUCACUGGAAAGUACAAGUUGUCAAUAGAAUUUGAAGAAUUGGUCUCAAUUCUCCCCAUUCCCAACAAAAACUCUCGUACACUCCAAGUUCCCCCAUGCCAUAUACAGCUCUCCCCACCCCCGCUACUCUCAUUAGCAAUUUUAAAAUUUUCAGCAUUUUAUAUUUUGGUGGAAAAUUAUGGCUUAAUUGUAGCUAAUGCUUUAGACAAUUUGAGAUGAAGCAUGCCUUCAAGGGAAAACUACACAGGCACAUGAUAAAGGAACAGAAGGAUGUGCAGAUGGUGCUGAUCAAUGUAGAAGGGAGUUCAUUUAAAACAUUGACAUACUUGCUAUGGUUGGCUUGUGCUGUAAAUUCUGUGCAAUAUGUAUCUGAAAAACGUUUAAACCAUUUAUGCUAUUAUAUAAGUUGCUGAGUGUUACAAUGGGAGAUUCGUUUACUCUUAUAUUAAACAUGAUUUUUCUAAUAUCAAUAAAUGAGCAUCUCUCAUCUUUGUUUUAAAAUAAUAUGCAAUCAAAGGCUGAACUAAAUAAUGAAGCACAUAUUCCAUUGGUGGAUCAUUGAUAGGGUGGUGGUUGUGUUAAUGGACACAAAUGGACAAUAAUGCAAACCCCUAAGAAACCAGAAUAAACACAAAUCCACGGCAAAGCAUGUUUGUGAGAUGCUCAUUUUUAAAAAAUAGAUUGAAAAUAAGAAAGAAGGUUCAAUUAAAAUGAUCACCAAAGCUAUUACAAAGACCCAGGUGGCAAACCUCUAUCCUUAACAAGGCUUGGUCAACUGCAACUCAGUUUCACACCAAUGCGAUUGAUGCUUAACUGGUGACAAAAGCCAGCUCGCAAGCUACUCAGUCACAACAAUCCACCAGUGGUUCCAGAGGCCCAUCACCUACUUUAAAGUGAACAGGAGGCCAUUUGGCUCCUUAUUCAUGAUGCAUCUUUUACCUCACUACCACAUUCAGGAAUUUCCUUUACUAUCCCAAAAUCUACCAACCUCAACAGCCCUCUUGGACUGGUGAUGCCAAGGAUCCACUACCCCCUUGGUGAAGGAAUCUCCCGAACCCAAUCUGAAUGGCUAGCUUCAUAUUUUGAGACUGACCCCUGGUUUUCCCUGGAUGUGAUAUCCGGACCAUCACUAUUGCAUCAAUUCAGCAAAAAUAUACAAAAAUCACUUCUCAUUCAUUUAAACUGGAGUUUAUGCCAACUCUGGUUAAAUCUACCCUCACAGGACAAUCUCUCCCAUUUCAGUUCACUCUACCACAAGCAUCUUGUCUUAGGUCAGGAAACCAGAUGAGUGUACAAUACUCCAGAUGUGGUCCCACCUGGGCAUGAUAUAAAUAGAGCAAGGCGUCUCUACUCUUGUAUUUAAAUCUUCUUGGAAAAGGGUGACCCUUGCCAGCAAUAUAAAUUGGGCUUAAAACUCGAUGACCACAAACGAGAACCUUGUACAAGUUGACUUUGCAGAAGAUGCCAUUGUAAAUGUCAAAUGUGCAAAAUCAAAGCUCUUAGGAACAGACUUUGUCAAGGUCAACAGAUGGCCAUUUAAUCGUAGAGGUAUCUACACCAAGGAGCAAUAUAUAUGCCAGGACAAUACCCAUCAACUGUGGCUGGAAACACAUGCUGCUCUUUCAGACAAGCAAUAGCAAGGUUAAGCCAUCUUGUGUGGCAUCCCCUUUACUUAUGAGCCAAUGAAAGGGAAAAAAUAGGAUUUGGCUACUUAAUAGCAACCCACCCCCCCCACAAAGUUAAUUUCAGUUUUAAGAACAGUUAUUGUCCCAGCAUCUGCAAGCCCUUACGGUUGGUAAGAACUAUUAAUCUGUGUGAGAUAAAGGCACUUCCCAGUUUUACAAAUGAAUUACCUAGAUCUAAACUUCUGAAUUUUUGGUUCAUCCAGAAGUCACGGUUUAUAUCUAAUUUCUCAGAUCCUUUUGGUUUGAAAACACCCAAAAUCACUUCUCAAUGACUCAAGAAAUACAUUCCAAGUUUCUCUUACAAAUCCUCAAUUUGUAAGAGCCCCAGUAUCAUUCUGGUGAAAUAUGCUGGAAUUAUUUCCAGUUUUUUAAAAUCCUUCCAGGAAGUCUAAUUAAGGCUCUGCACAAUGUAACACUCAAUUAGGCUUCUUUCAAGCAGUCUCUUAUCUGUCCACUACAUUUUAAACAAAGGCUCAAAUUAAUUGAAUGCCCAAUAUUGAUGGCAUAUGUCUCUAGGUCAUGAGCUAGGUAUUAUUGCAAAAACUGUUGAAGUCAGUUUAAUGUUCACCAAGUGAUUCUAUAGUGAUCCCCAAGAAUUAGACCCAGCAAUGAAUGAGAUGAUGCAAGACUUGGAAACUAUGCACCAAAUGCCAUUGGAUUAUAACCAGAAGCGUACCUCAAUCCGAGAGGUGUGAAUUCAGUACACCUUCCAUGAAAUGACAAACAGAAAUGCAUUCAAUUAAUUAUGACAAACGAGUCCUGUGCAAGACUUCAACUCAAUUUUAUGCAACCUUGAUUAAAUUAGCCUUUAGUGUGGCCUCAGGGCCACUGCCUCUCAAAAUGUCGCUUUUGUUUACUUUGUAGCGACUCACCGUCUGAGCAAGCAAAGCGGCUCAGAGGUCGGGUCGCGCGUCGUCAGAGCGGCGAGGCCCAAGGUGGCGUUGGGCCUUCGUCUAAAGGUUUGAUGACGUAGCGUAUACGUCAUUUCUGUUUUCAGUGGGCGGGAACAGUCUCUCUUAAAAGGCCCGUGCAAGGCGGGAAAAUAAACCAGUUCUUGUUCUGAAACCCAUCGACUAGUGUCUUGUUUUCACAUCGCAGUAGCAGCCGCUACAACUUGCUGUGUUGCAUCAGGACUCUGCAAUCACACUUUUAAAGUUUAUUACUUUGAAUAUCAGAAAGUCUCUUUUAGCAUUUGCUGAACAUUUAGGCACGAUGGAAAAUUCCCUCCUGAUGAGGUCCCAAUAGGUUGCCUUGAAAACCGCUAGUUUCCAAACAGUGUAACCACAGGGAAUCUUUUUACUAGGUUAACAGACUGAUUAAAAUGGCAGCUACAGGCAAUCUCCAGCUCCCAUAUAGAUUCACACCCAGCAAUGAAUGAUGAAAGAUUUGAAAACUAUGCACCAAAUGCCAUUGGUUUAUAACCAUUUAAUUUCACAAAAAGGACCUGGAAGCUGCCCUCUUGCGUCAUGUCCACAGACUGAUACAAGAAGCAAUGUCAAAUGCUGAUUUCACUAUCAACUAAAAAUGAACACGCUGACUAAAAUCAGCCACUUUAGAUGCCCCAUUUGGUAUCCCAUUGCCCCAAUUUGAAUAUAGUCCUAGCCAAUAAUGCAAUACAAAAAUUGGA